AUGGUUGAUCCGCUGGGUUGUGUUCCAUCUACCGUCGGUAAUGAGAAUUCAUCGAAUCCACAUGAAAACGUAGCCGACCAUUUCGUCAUCGACGAUCAUGGUUGCCUUCAAGAAGACGAAAUACCAAAAGUUGAAAUGUGGUUUGUGCAGUUGCAGAUGGCUCAUGAAUUUUAUGUUACUUACGCAAAGAAUGUAGGAUUUGCAACUAAGAUAAUGACGACAACAUGUGACAAGAUCACAAAGAAACCCGUUAACGAAGCUAUCCACUGUAAUCGCGACGGGUUUUGCGGGUCUCGUGUCAAAGCACCAACGCGGAAGAACACGAUUUCAGCUACUGGGUGCAAGGUAAGGAUAUAUGUGAAGUUUGAUAAGGACAUCCAAGAGUGGAUUUUGUUCAAGGUUGAGUUGAGGCACUCGCACCCAUGUUCAGUGAGAAAGGCGGUGCACUACCAUGAGUAUAGGGAGCUGACCAUGCAUGCGAAGUGCGUGAUCGAGGAUAAUGAUGAGGUUGGGAUUUGA